UCAUAACUAAAUGAUGAAUUUGAUUGGUGCCUUAAAGUAAUUUUUGACUUUCUUCUAGUACUUGAUCAAGGGAUGUUUACCAGAGAGUCCCCCAACAGCUCUGAACAAUAUCAAAUCUCUCAAUAUUUCGUCCAUGUCUUUAAGAAGCGUCGAGGUGGUUUCAAGUGCAGUUUACUUGAUUAGAAGUUGUCCUAAAUUACAAGAUCUUACAAUUGAAUUUGACCCUGUGGCCGUGGAGGAUAUUGUUGAACCUGUUGUAGAAUUUCUAAGAUUCCAAUCAUUCUCAUUAGGUGCUGAGAAGCUUCAAAGAGUUCAUGUGAACUUGUUUAUGGGUCUUGAGAUGGAAAUGGAAUUUAUGAAGUUCAUUUUGGCCUCUGCACUUGUACUUAAGGAGAUUUUCAUUUGGAAUUUUGUGUAUCUCCUUCAUCGUUCGGAUAAACAAAUGAUGGACGAGAUGAAAGAAUCCCGCAGAGCAUCACCAAAUGUUGAAUUCAUAUUUGAAUAAGUCGAGUUGGAAGAUUGCUGUGAACCCCAAGAAGUCAUGGAAGUGCCAUGGUUUUGCUUAAAUAGUACUAUUUUUUGUAGCACUUCUUGUGCUUUAGUUUGUUUGUUAUGACUUUUCAAUCAAAUUCAAGGCCAACAUGGUGAUGCCAUGUGUUUAAAUAAUGUGGCAGCUCCGAGUCAAAAUAAAAGCAUAUCAAAAUCUGCCACGUGUUCAAAAAGGCGUGUAUUGACCGAUUACAAGCAAAAGUUACAAUAUAUAUAGAGAGAUACAUACAUCAUAAACAACAUUGUUUCUACAGAAAAGGAAUGAAACAAAUU